AUGUAUCUGAGACAUCUUCUGGCCUUCAUAUUUGCUAUAGAGGAAAUUAACAAUAGAACAGACCUGCUGCCGAACAUCACGUUGGGAUUCCAGGUUUAUGAUACAUGUAACCGGGAACAUGAAGCUGUACAGAGUGUUCUGGAUGUCUUAUCCGGGUCAGAGGAUCCAAUUCCAAACUUUGAUUGUCAUAAGAAGAAUAAAGUGGUUGGGUUCAUAGGUCACAGGACCAUUCCCUCAUCUUUGGCAUCAGCAGCACUGACGGGGAUCUAUCAGUAUCCUCAGAUCAGCUAUGGCGCAAUGAAUCCAACUUUCUAUAGUAAGUUCCAGUUUCCCUCAUUCUAUAGCACAGUCCCUGAUGUGAAGGACCAAUUUGCAACCAUCAUCCUCUUACUGAAGCAUUUUGGCUGGAAUUGGGUGGGCAUUGUGUCUUCAGAUGAUGAGGACGGUCAGAAGGUCAAUACGGAGCUGAAAACUCUUCUGAUAAAAAACAAGAUUUGUGUUGAGUUUGCUGUCACUCUAGCUGACCAUUAUGAUAUUGCGAGAAGUGAAAAAGAUUAUCACAGCCUUUCACAAUUAACUUGCAGCAUUGUAAUUGUGUAUGGUAAUGCAAAGGCUAAUAGUCUAAUCAAUGUGGUUAGCGAUAUUUCAGCCUCAAGGAAGAUCUUUGUAUUGUUCGGAGCUAUCCAGAUAUAUAAUAACCACGAGUCUGUUAUUGCUCUUAAUGGUUCUCUGCUGGUCGAUUUACACAGAGGGAAUAUUCCGGGACUGAAGGAUUAUCUUCUUGAUAUCAACCCUGAGAAAUAUCCUGAUAACCCCAUGAUUUUUGAUGCUUGGAGAGAUGAAUUCUCUUGUGUGCCUGAAUCUAUUGAGAAAGAGUCUUAUGAUAAAGCAUGCAGAGAGUCUUAUAGUUUCCGUUCUGUGGAUCCCUCUCGUUAUGAUGUGGAAAAUUUUCGCUACACUUUCAGCGUGUACUCUGCAGUUUAUGCCCUGGCAUACGCCCCACAUGAUGAAGUGAGACUCCAACUUAAUGAGAGUGCAGUUCAGUGGAGUCCAAAAUUCUCUCAGACUCCACGUUCUCUGUGCUCCGAGAGCUGCCUCCCCGGAUACCAAAAACUUCAACAUAAAGGAGGACAACCGUGCUGUCACCACUGUGCACCCUGCCCGGAGAAUGAGAUCACCAAUAAGAACGACAUGGAAAGGUGUUAUAAGUGUCCGGAGGAUCAAUGGCCCAAUGAGAGAAGAGACAGCUGUAUACAAAGAACAAUUGAAUUCCUGUCUUAUGGAGAUACAUUGGGAUUUUCUCUUAUGUUUAUGGCUCUAUUAUUCUGUUUUGGAACUAUUAUCAUGUUUGGGAUAUUUGUGAAACACAAAGACACUCCAAUAGUAAAAGCCAAUAACCGGACCCUCAGCUUCAUCCUUCUCAUCUCACUGAUCCUGUCCUUUCUUUGUCCUCUGCUCUUCAUCGGACGCCCCACAAAGAUCUCCUGUCUUCUCCAACAAGCUGUUUUUGGGACAAUUUUCUCUGUUGCAGUUUCUUCGGUUCUGGCUAAAACAGUUACUGUUGUUUUGGCUUUUAAUGUCACCAGACCUAACAGUAUUAACAAGUGGAUGAUGAAACAAUUCUCAGUUUUCCUCCUGAUUAUCUGCUCUUCUGGGCAGCUUGUGAUCUGUGUCUUCUGGUUUGUCUUUUCCCCACCAUUCCCAGAGUAUGACACCAAAGUGGAGGUGGGGAAGAUGAUAUUACAGUGUAACGAGGGCUCUGUCACUGCUUUCUACAUUCUGAUUGGCUACAUGGGAUGUCUGGCUGUGUUCAGCUUUAUUGUAGCAUUUUUAGCCAGGAAACUUCCAGACACGUUCAAUGAAGCUCAGUACAUCACAUUCAGCAUACUGGUCUUCUGCAGUGUUUGGAUCUCCUUCAUCCCAGCCUACCUCAGCACCAAAGGGAAAUACAUGGUGGCUGUGGAGGUCUUCGCCAUCUUGUCCUCCAGUGCUGGACUCCUGGGCUGCAUCUUCAUCCCCAAAUGUUACAUCAUUCUGAUGAGACCGGAGCUGAAUGUGAAGGUGAUUGUAGCCCAAAGAAAAGCACUUCAGUAA